AUGGCCUCGCCGACACUCUCGCUGGAAUCGCGCGCGAAUUCCAUCGGUUCCCUGGCUUCACUCUCCCCGCUUACAGUGAGCGGCAGUUCUCCACCUGCUAGUGACUCGGCGAUCUGUGACGUCGACAGCUGCGACCUUUGCCUUGACUCACAGAAACCUGGAGAGGCGCCCUGUCCGCGGUGCCGAUUAGGAGGCGCCGGCGGCGUUCGCUGUACCGGCUGCAAAUCUACCGAAUCCGACGCUGUGGCUCGUUGUUUCGACUGUGCGAAUUUCCUUUGCCCGAACUGCGUGAUGGCACACCAGUUUAUGCACUGUUUCGAGGGCCAUCGUGUCCUUAAUUUAGGCGACUCGAAGCUCGAAACGGUGACAAGUAAUUCCUCGAACACCGAGAUACCGAAGAACAAUCUGAUAAUAAACAGCAGCGGUAACAGCAACGGCGAGAAAGUACCUUACUGUCCCCGGCACAAGCAAGAAUUGCUCAAGUAUUUCUGCCGCUCGUGUACGUCGUUAGUCUGCAAAGAGUGUGCAAUUACCGAUCAUCCCGGGCCGUUGCACGAUUGCGCUCACAUAUCCGAGGUAGGCACGCAACAGCUUGAAGCGAUAACAAGAGUGGUUCAAGAGUGUAGAGCGAAGGCUGCGGACGUGAGGGCCGCUGUAAAGGCGGCUGAUCACGGCGCGGCGCGAUUACAGGUGCAGUAUCACAAAGCGCAGAACGAAAUCAACGACACUUUCCAGUUCUACAGAUCGAUGCUCGAAGAGCGGAAACAGGAAUUACUGAAGGAGCUCGAAUCGGUAUUCUCCAGCAAACAGAUCUCGCUCGGUGUGCUGACGCAGAAAGCGAACGAUAUGGCCGAGAAGAUGCUUCAGACUUGCGAAUUCGUCGAACGGCUAACGAAAUACACCACUGUUACCGAGGUGUUGAUGUUUAAGAAAUUGCUCGAUACGAAGCUGCAAUGGUUGCUGAGUUACACGCCGGACGUUGCUAAUCAAACGGUCGAUCUCGAGUUUGUCAGUAAUUACCAAGCUAUACAAGUAGGCGUACGGAACACGUUUGGCUACGUUCGAAGCAACAACGAGAACAACGCUGGCUCGCUCGGGAAGCAACCGCCUAUCGCUCGGCCAACAGCGUUGUCGAGUAACGGUAACGGUGGAAAUAACGCUAACAGCGGACCUGGUAACGGCGCAUCUUUGGGCGGUCUUCUAUUGGACCGACCAUACAGCAACGGUUUGAUAUCCUCAGCAUCGACCUGCGCAUCCUCCACCUCGCCGUCGUCCUUCGACACGAACAGCACGGUGAUCACUAAGCGUUUCAGUUCGGCGAACAGCCUGGGCCCGUUCUCCACAACGAUCAGCGAUCUGAAUUUGAACGGUUUGAACGCGAACCCGUACGAGAAGUGGAGUAACGGAGGUAGCGAUUCUUAUCCUGUGGUCACCACGAACGAUCACUUCCCGAUGCCGGCGUCUGUCGCUGUCGCUGCUAACGCAGGCUCCGGUGACUCCGUACUCGACUUAACGUCCAAACUGAUGUCAGCCGCGGCGAUAUUCCCGCCGAAGUCGCAGAUCAAGCGGCAGAAGAUGAUCUAUCAUUGCAAGUUCGGCGAGUUCGGCGUUAUGGAGGGACAGUUCACCGAGCCGUCCGGUGUAGCUGUGAACGCGCAGAACGACAUUAUCGUAGCCGACACGAACAACCAUCGUAUACAGAUAUUCGACAAAGAGGGUAGAUUUAAGUUUCAGUUCGGGGAGUGCGGUAAACGAGACGGUCAGUUGCUUUAUCCGAACCGCGUGGCUGUAGUGAAAACCUCCGGUGACAUAGUCGUCACCGAACGCUCGCCGACGCAUCAGAUACAGAUAUACAACCAGUACGGCCAGUUCGUGAGGAAAUUUGGGGCGAACAUAUUGCAGCAUCCGCGCGGUGUUACGGUCGACUCGAAGGGGCGCAUAGUCGUCGUUGAGUGCAAAGUGAUGCGCGUGAUCAUUUUCGAUCAGGCCGGUAACGUUCUACAGAAGUUCGGCUGUUCGAAGCAUCUGGAGUUCCCUAACGGGGUUGUCGUGAACGACAAACAGGAGAUCUUCAUCAGUGACAAUCGCGCCCAUUGCGUGAAGGUGUUCAAUUACGAGGGCGCCUAUCUUCGUCAGAUCGGCGGCGAGGGGAUCACAAACUACCCGAUCGGUGUAGGAAUCAACGCCGUUGGCGAGAUACUAAUAGCAGACAAUCACAAUAACUUCAAUCUGACGAUCUUCACGCAAGACGGUCAGCUGGUGUCGGCUCUCGAGAGCAAGGUCAAGCACGCUCAGUGUUUCGAUGUCGCAUUAAUGGACGACGGAUCGGUCGUAUUGGCCAGCAAGGAUUAUCGACUCUACAUUUAUCGUUACGUACAAGUACCGCCGAUCGGCAUGUAA